CUAAACUUCCUUGACAUUAGACUAGUUGUGUACUCGCUGCCAUAUAGCAACCUCUUGUUUCGUAUUUAUUUAUGUAAUGAACGCCGGAUAAUGUGAUAAUGAAGUGUUUUAUUUUAUUGUUAUUAAUAGCAAAGGAAUCAUUAUGUCAGCGCGGAUGUUAUUUAUCGAUACUCGACAAAUCAAAACUGGACACUUGCGUGGACGAAAGGGGCGGGAUCAGCACAGACUUCUCGGCGUGGGAGGUGGAGCAUGCCACAGUUUGUACCUACACCCACUGUAACACCUUGCAACAUAUCGAAUGUGCGGACGGCAGUUGGGUUUAUGUCGCCCAGAAUGGUGAUGGACUCGAAAUUGAGCCAUUAAUUUGUGACGAGGCAUCAGUACUCGCCAGGAAACAGAAACGCGUGAAGAAAUUUUGGUGGAGGAGGAGGAGGCCGGCCCCACCACCACCACCACCGCCUCCCGACUGCGGUAUGCCUGGUAAUGUGCGUGGUGCAUCGGUUAGCGUGACGUCAACGCAGCUUGGUGGAACCGCCACAUACACGUGCGGCAUUGGAUACGGUUACACACGUGGUGACCUCACACGCACGUGUCAGUCCUCGGCACAAUGGAGCGGAACAGAACCAGUUUGCGUUUAUAUGAAUUCGUGCAACAGCUUCCCUUGUAAGAAUGGCGGCACAUGCACGAACAUGCCCGAGAGUUAUAUGUGUUCUUGUCCUGAUAUCUGGAAAGGAACCAAUUGCGAGCUAGAAGCUUUCGUUUGCGCACGCAUCCCAUGCGUCAACUAUGUUCGAUGCGAGGAUGGUGAUUCAAUCUACACGUGCGUCUGCAAACUCGGCUGGAGUGGUCAAACCUGCAAUACACCAAUAGAUUGUGGUGAUCCUGGUUUAAUUGUCAAUGGUAUCGUGACGGCUCCGGAAACGAACCUUGGAAAUGUAGCUACAUAUUCAUGUAAUGAUGGUUACAAUGCGACGAUUGGAAACAAGGAGAGGAUAUGUAAGACUGAUGGCAAAUGGAGUGGUCAACCUCUUGUUUGCAAAUAUGCUAGCAGCUGUAGUAGUUCACCGUGCAUGAAUAAGGCAUCGUGUACAAAUCUAAUUGAAAACUUCGAAUGCACAUGUGUUCUUGGAUGGGCGGGAAAAACCUGCAAUGAAGAUAAACAACCGCCAAUUGCUUCGAAUUGUUCUAAUACUAUUCGGGUAAACGCGACAGAAAGGACAAAAUUAGUCUAUUGGACUGAACCAGAAUUCUUUGAUCCUAUGGGUUCAGAGUUACAUCUCGUCUCCAACUAUGAGACACCUAGCCACACUUUUCCUUGGGGCGAUUUCACGAUCCAUUACUCUGCCACCAAAGUAAAGAACGCAUUAAGAGCCGAGUGUGCAUUCAACAUCACAGUGAGACCAACACCAUGCGAUUUGCUGCCUGUUCCAAAGCACGGGACGAUUCUCUGCAAUGACUGGAGUUCAGAUUAUGGCCAGUUUUGCGUGUUAGCCUGCCAGAGAACGUUCGCACCAAGUCUUCCGGGAAGAUUGGGCACAUGGGUGAUCUGCGGAGAUGACGGAAAAUGGUCCUCUCAACCAUCUGAUUGCUCUUUGCGCUUGACAAAUGAGACUAAAAUGUUGCUGUAUCACCCUAACUAUGCUGAGUUUAUGUACGAGCGAUUCAAUGAUUAUCCACGAUUCAGGGACAUCUAUCUGAAUCAUAUGAUGAAACAUGAGGAUAUUUCACAAUUCUGCAAAAUAUAUCCUGGCUGCGAAGGAAAUUCAUCGGUACGGGUGUACAGUGACAGUUGAAUACACCAGUGUUUUUUCCGCCGUGCAAACACAGACAGUAAACCUGACGUCUUAUAUAACCGUCGUUAUAGUAUUCUUGUUGUUUUUAUGAUAAAAAUUAGGGAUGGAACAGGUUAACUGACUAAUCUACUGAAUGACAGUUAACCGGUUACGUUUUUUAGUAACGGUUAACCGGAAACUGUUUAAAUCAAGUGUGUUAUUAUUAUUCGAAAUUUUGACCAGUUUUUCGCUCUAUCUGAAUUCAUUUUGGUAUAAGUAUUUACGUCAUCAACGAUUCGACCAUGAACGUCUGAUGCAAGUUUUCAUUAACAAAGUGAAUUACUAAACUAAUUUUAUUACAAAACAGCACUUAAAAAGUUAUGAAAAUCAUUACUUGUAGUAUUUUAUUAAAUUGUUUUAUAGAAGCGCACUUUGUGACGUAAAAAAAUAAUUACCUGUUCUGAGAUUGUAUUACUAAUACAUAUGUCUUUUAUUAUAAUAUAAUGUUAAUGUAAUAUAUAUUUUGUUUGAUGCUUCUCGGAUGAUAAUGUUUAUACUAAGAACCAUAAAUACAACAUUACUAAGCGGUUUUUGUCCGAGAUUUACACACACAUUAUUUCCGUCAAUGUAUGCACAAUUGACAUAAAAAUCAUAAAAAGCCCUCCCGCAAACCACACAAUUAUAUUGCUUUUACCAGACUUCGUAGAUUCGAAAGAGAGAAAAAAAGUGUUUGCAGUAAGUUAAUGUCAAACAAAGAAUGAACAAAAGCA